CGUUGCGUCACGAAGCAUGCGCCCUGUCAUAAUUCGCUCGUAGAAGAUUGGUCAUAGAUUAAAAUUACAAUAAUCGGGCCAUCGCUCAAGUCUGGUUCUGUGAUAAGUUAAUUUGUCGUGAGUGUGGACUGUUUGGUCUAAUGUGCAUUUAAGUGAAACAAAAUAAAUAUACAAGAUGCUUAUCAAAGAAUACCGUGUCACACUGCCCUUAACAGUUGAAGAAUAUCAAGUCGCUCAACUAUACUGCGUGGCGGAGGUCUCCAAAAACGAAACCGGCGGCGGAGAGGGCAUAGAAGUCAUAAAAAAUGAACCAUUCAAAGACUACCCGUUGCUCGGCGGACCUAGUAACCUGUCUUCAGACAUUAACGGCGGCAAGUUCUCAUCCGGGCAGUACACGUACAAGAUCUACCACUUGGCGUCGAAGGUGCCGGCGUUCAUCAGGCUGCUGGCGCCCAAGGGCUCCCUCGAGGUACACGAGGAGGCGUGGAACGCGUACCCUUACUGCCGGACUGUUCUUACGAACCCUGGCUACAUGAAGGAUAACUUCGUCAUCUGCAUAGAGUCCUUACACUUACCGGACGGUGGUGACCAAAGUAAUGUGCACGAGUUACCUCCAGAGAAGUUAAAAAACCGAGAAGUCGUCCACAUCGACAUCGCCAACGACCCUCUCUCGUCAGCCGACUACAAGGCCGAGACGGACCCGACCAAGUUUAAGUCGGUGAAGACCGGCCGCGGCCCGCUGGUCGGGCCCAAUUGGAAGGCGGACAUCAAGCCUGUUAUGACGUGCUACAAGCUUGUCACGGCUGAGUUCAAGUGGUUCGGCUUGCAGAGCAAAGUAGAAAAUGUCAUCCACAAAUCAGAACGGCGGUUGUUCACGAUUUUCCAUAGACAAGUAUUCAGCUCCAUGGACGACUGGUACGGCAUGACGAUGGCGGACAUCCGCGCCAUCGAGGACCGCACCAAAGAGGAGCUCGAGCGGCUCCGGCGCGAGGGCGAGGUGCGCGGCAUGCGCGCCGACAACGAGUAAACUGUGCGCGCGUGCGUGCGCGCGUGCGCAGGUCCGUGCGUGCGCAGCAACGUGCGUACGCAAGUGCGAGGGUCGCGAGCGCGCGUGCGCGCCGCCGGCGCGAUAAAUUUGGCGACGGAGGAUGACGCUGUGGAAAACUUUAUCGAAAUGUAUCUUUCUUGUCUAGUGAGAUUUUUUAUGUAAAAAUGAUUCAAUAUUGAUAUAUGGUUUCAUUUCUACAUGAAAUAUAUGUCUCACUACAAUUGUAACUGUCGUUUUGUCGACUUUUUUUUCUUUAACAAUACUUUUUUUGAUUUGUUCUAUUCCUAUAACAUGAAAUGCAUGAACAACCUAAAUGACUUGAAGUAAGGGGAAAACGUGUAAAGAACGUAUAGUAAGAAAAAAGAUUCAAACCAAAGACUAUGGCAUUGAAGACUUAUUCUUGAUAGAAAAUUUAAGUUUAUAGACAUUUUUUUAGAUGGAAUCUUUUCUCGCUAUGAGAAACUAAGUAAAAAUAAAGCGUCUUUUCAAUGAAGUUUUCUAAAGCAAUUGGCUUCUGACGCCACACCCGUCGGAGUUCCUCCGAACGCUCACCUUGCCCGCGCGAACAACUGAGAUUGUAUAAAUUUUAUCCAAAAUCUACUUAAAUAAUAAAUGUUGUUUACUUUUAAAGUAUUCGUUAGAACCGAGUCAUUUCGCAAUCUCAGUAUACGCGACGGCAUUUUGAUUAGUUUGAUUACCAUUAGAGAAAUAAUGUCAUUGAAAUGUGGUUAUAGAUAACUAUUUAAAUGAGUAACUAAUAAGUCGAUGUAGUCAGUGGUUAACAGGUAGUGUUGUCGUUACCUAAUAAUAAUUAAACAUGAAAUUCUAGAAGAUGUUUUGGACUAUUCGCAUCGAGAAUUAGUAUUGCCAAGUGUUUAUCGUGAGCUUCAAGUUUCAAGAGAUUGUCGGUCAAAUGUUCUAUAGUUAAACAAAAAUGAUAGAGGAAGCUCAUGAUAAAAUAUAAAUAAACAUGGUUUAAAUAUAAUGUUCGACAGUUGUAUAUUUAAUGUCAUCAUGUACACCAUUUGAGUCAUUUGUAUCACUUAGUCUCAGCACUAAUGUUACGAGAAAAUAAUCUGUGCAAUAAUUUAUGUGACGACAAAAGAGCGCAAGAGUCGUACAGAUACUUAGAUUUUAAUUUGUCUUUCGUGGUAGCAUAGCAAGUUUAAUAAAAAUAGCCAAAAUAUUUGAUAUAAUCCCUCACAUUCUCUCCAGUUUAACCUUUUGGCGGCAACAGUCGGCUGUGGCCGUCAUCGGAAAGUUUAGCCAACGACGGCUACAGCCGACAGCUUCGCCAAUGCAAUAGGGACUUACGCGGGACUCCGUAAAGUUCAAUUUAGCUUAAAUAAUCGCGAUCGCCUGGCGUCCGGGGCACGGCAUAUUCUUUCGCCGUCUGGCGUUCAAGUAAAUAUUUUGGCCACUUUUAUUAAUUAAUGUUUUUCAGAGUCGAGAUUAGGCUUCUGCUUGUUUGACUUUUAACAACACGAGGGACGAAUUUAAAAUUUAAUUCGUGUAUGACCUUAAAGUGAAAUACUAGUGGGGGAUAUUUAAUAAUACGGGGUGUUGCAAGGUAUCUCGGCGCACUAACUUAUAUUCGGGUAUCGGUCGGCUGCGGGCAUGUUAAGUCAUCUGGUUAUUGUUACUAUAAUUUUAUUUCGGGUUCAGACCUUUUGUAAAUUGCAACACCUUUGAAUAUAGUGAUGGCUUGUAUAUUUGUAUUUGUAAGAUAUGUUGGUUUACAAAUCAGUAUUUUAAUAUUUGUGUGACAUUCCAGAUUCUAUUGUAACAUUUUAUAAACUUAAAUUAGUUUCAUUUGCUGCAUCUUUAUUUCCAUAACUUGAAAUAGCUCUCUUUGUUGUUUCUUAAUAUGCAGUUGCAUGCAUAGAAAAAUGAUAAUUUGCCAAGAAUAAUGUAUUUAAGAAUUAAUAAGAUCUAUGUUGUUUUUUUAUUUGAUUUUUUCAUAUUUUCGGUAAUGAACUCAGUUGUAUUUAGAAACGUAUCGUCAUUUUCAGUUACGUUUAUUUUUGUGGUCGUGCUAUAUAUAUUAUUUAAACUACGGGGCUGUCGCGAGUACUGAGGUUAGAUUACUUGGGGAUAAAAGCAUUUUGUCUCUGUCUCACUGGAGUCGUGGGAAAGAGACAAAACAAAACCCUAUCGCAGGCUUGUUAAGACCUUCGAAUCGUGCGCCCAAGGUAGUACUUAUUGAUACUGCACUUUAUUUUAAUUAAGUUUUUUUUACUUGUGUUGUAUAAGUUUUACAUCAAAUACAGCGUGAUAUAUAUUUGA